UUGUUGUUGUUGUUCUUUCGCCGCGAGCAGAGCAAAGUGAAAAAUACAACAGAGAAUUUGUUGUUGUUGUUUUGUAGUGCGUUUAACGGUGCCUUCAACGGUUGUAGCAACUCUUUCUGUCUGAUGCUCGCUCUUCUUUGUGGAUUUCUUUAAAAAAAAAACAACAACACAAACAACUUUCAAAAACUUUGCUUCUUCUACAACAACAACAAGAACAACAACAAGAACAAGAACAAGAACUGUUUGCAGCCACAACAAACACACACGCACACACGCACGGCAAAAAAAAUCUGAACGGAAUAUUUACCGAGCAGCAGUUGCGGAGUUGGGCGCAGCGACAGCCGCGAGUGCAUUUUCCAUAGCAGCAGCCACGCCCACAGAGCCAACCGAAAAAACAAGAAAAAAAUAACAACAACAACAACAACAGCGGCAGCAACAAAAAAUAAAACAAAAUGGCGGCUUUCAUUGCGAAACAGAUGGUUGGAAACCAAUUAAGUGCCGUUAAAGAUGCUGCAGGCGGAGGCGAUGGUGGCGAUGAUGGCGACGACAAGGAAAAGGCAGAGGAGGAGGAGAGAGAGCGCCAAGAGGCCAUACGCGAGGCCGAGGAGCGGCGCAAGGAGAAGCACCGAAAGAUGGAGGAGGAGCGCGAAAAGAUGAGACAGGACAUACGUGACAAGUACAACAUCAAGAAAAAGGAGGAAAUUGUCGAGGCAAUGCCACAGGAGGAGCCAAAUCCGUUGAUGCGAAAAAAGAAGACGCCCGAGGAGCUGGCCGCCGAGGCCGAGCAGGAGGAGCUCGACGAUUUUACAAAACUGAAAAAUCAAAUAGAAACGCAAGUAAAUGAGCUAAAAACUCAAAUAGAGGGAAAAUGUGUCAUGCAGUGAUAUGUCAGUCAUCAUAAAUGAUAUAUAAAAUAAUAAUAACCAUAAUAAUAUCCGAAUUCAAAAAUAAUAACUGAGUUAACCAAAAAAAAAACCGAUCAAAUGCAAUUGAUUUAAAUCACACUCAACUUCAAUUUGUUGCUAUUAAUAUAAAGUUGCAAGCAAAGAAGCAAAAAACAAACAAAUAUUAUGUUCGAAACGUUCUGCAUAAUAUGGAAAAAGCAUAAACUAAUAUUCUAUUUACCAUACUUAUAAACCCGACUCCUAAUUCGGCAGCAAUAAAUCAACCAAAGAAUAUAUAAAACGCCGCAAUAAUUGAGGUUAUGUGAAGCAUAAGGAUUAUAUACUAUUAUUAUAUCAUAACAAUUAAAACAAUUAAAACGAAAGCCAAUAAUAAAACAAAUAGCAUAAUAAUAAUAAUAAAAACGAUGCAAAUUCAAUGAAAAUUAAACAUAUGUAUGUAUGAAAACAGGACGGUGAAAUCCUAUUGAAUUUUAAAGUAGUUAAAGCAUAAACCAAAUUAUGUAUAAACGAAAUAUAGUAAACGCCUUUAAUAAUAUUCAAAUCACUUUUGCUUCGAUGAUAAUGUAAUAUACUCAAAGCCCCAAAAAAAAAGAAAAAAAAUGAAAAAAAAAAAAAAGAAAAUGCAUAACCGUUGUUUAGUUGAUAGCAUUGCGAAAUUUACGAUAACGAUAACGAUAAAGAGUUCGAGAUCGAAUUCGAAAUCGAAACUAAAAAAAAACUGCGAUUGGUGCGACAGAGACAGAAACAGAAACAGAUUUAAUGGAGGUGUUGCUGAACCAUGUCGAACCGUCGAAAUACGUUGCUGAAAAUCUCUUUUUUGGACUUUAAUAACACACACACACAAAAAUACCUAUCUAUAUACCCGAAAGGAUUUAUCUGGAUACCAAGCUCUAUAAUACGAUACACUAGCCUAUUAUAUAUAUAUAAAUAUAUAUAUAUAAAACAAACGCCAGCUUCUUCUAUUGUUGAUAUAUUUCCGACACGAAUUCAAGCUAAAUUUUCCCCAAUGUGAAUAUUCGCUAACAAAAUUGACUGCAGAGAUGGUAAAAAACAAACAAAAAAAACCUCAUCGUUGGUACUCGAAACGAUUUAACCAAAAGACAAAAACAAAACCAAAAUUAAAUUUAACUCAAUUACUCACGAUCCGUUUGUUUAUUAAGCUCAAGAGAUAUUUUUCCUAACAGCUGUAACAUUUUGUUUCUUUCCUAUACAAAAAAAAUAUUAAAAAAAAAACAAAACAAAAUACACAACACAACAAUUGAGACAUUCUAAGCUAUUUGAGAUACUUACUGAACAUACUGAUUGAUGCUUCUGAAAUACAUAUGUACUCUCGGUGUUUAAUAUGAUAUACCACUCGUAUCAUCAUCAACAACAACAACAACAACAGCACAAGAAAACAACAACAACAACCAGUACAAGUACAACAACAACAACAACCUACAUCUACUACAGAAGUAACCUUAUAUUAACUAUAUAUUAUAAAGAAAAACCAUUUUUUAAAACAGAACCAACAAAAAAUACCAACAAAAUACCAAAAAAUUACCAACAAAAUACCACACCAUUAUUUCUAAACGUUGUGUAAAUUUUCAUUUACUUCCUUUGCAUAGUUCACAGUCACAGUCCCACAGACACACACACACUCACGAAAUACACACACACCCACACCCACACACACACAUACACACAUCAUAUAGUCACAUGCAUUUAAAUAGCCAAGAAAUAUGGUGUUGUAAAUGUUAAAAGUUAUGUACAGUUCCAACAAAAAUAAAAUACCAAAAAAAUAAAUGUACAAUUUACAUAUUACAGUAAAUACCAUAUAGUGAAUAUAGCUAAUAUAUAUAUAUAUAUACAUAUAUAUAUAUAUACACAAAUAUAUAUAUAGAUGGUAUGAUAUAUCACAACAGUAUCAUAAUGAACAAUCAACAUUAAUACAAAACAAUAUUAAACAGAAAACCAAAAAAAGAAAAAUACCGAGAAUUUAUAUUAUGUCCCUGCCUGAAUGCCACAGGCUUUCAGUGAACCAAUACUUUGUGUGUUGCUCAACACUGUUUCGCUCAACAUAGGCUUUGAGUGUUGUUCAACACUGCUGAAUUUUCAUCUUCUGACUUACAGAAAAUUCAAAAAAUAACCAAGAAAUUAUACUAUGUCCUUUUCUGAACGACACGCACUUUCUUAUACCUAUCUUUUCCGUGUUUUUCAACACAGUUUCACUUGCAACAGGCUUUCACUUUACCAAUAUUUUGUGUGUUGUUCAACACUGUUUCACUUAAAUCUUCUGAUUAACGGCAACAAAAGAACUAACUAGUUUCGGGCUGCAUUCACGCCAAUCUCAAUCUCUGUCAAUCUAAUAAAGCAAUUCCCUAGUGCCCCCCGUCGCUCCGGACAAGAAAUGUCGGGAACGAUCGAACGAUUGAAUGCCUUACAGUGGCUCCUAUGAAAAGCGCAUAGAUACUAUAUCCGAAGGAAGCUUAAGAUCUUUAACUUCAAACUACUUACUGCAACUACUACGCCUAGAGCCUAGCCUAAUGCUAACUACUAUUCUACUCUAAAUACAUAUAAAUAUAUAUAUAUAUAUAUACAGAUAUAUGUAUAUAUAUAUAUAAGUAUAUUUUCCCCAAAAAGCAACAGAUUUUACUAGUUUUACCGAACCUAAGUCUUAUGCUCUUUCCAAUUCUUAGCUCUUAAAUCUAAACGAGAAAAUGCUUUCUACUUAACAUACUUACAUAUAGCGAAAUGUUUAACUAGAUUCUAUAAAGGAAAUAUCUCUAUUGCGUUCUUUCAAAAACAUAUAUAUAUGAUAUUGAAGUUCACUUUAAUUGUUUACGAAAUAAAAACCAAAAAAGGAAAAAAACGAAUCAAGCAUUCAAAAUACAAGAAAAAACUUAUACAAAAAAAAAUAUAUAUACAACACAUAUUAUUCAAUCAUAACGAAAGAAUUUUAACGUAAAUCAUAAAUGUUAAAGACGAAAAAAAAAA